AUGAGGCAGGAGGGGGUUCAUGGGCAGCCGGCUGGAUUUGGCGCUAGAGAUGGUGAAGGGUUUGCAGGUCUGACAGAAUUUCAGGUUGGUCAGCAAUUUCAGGAUAAAGAAGAGGCCCUGUUAAGUGUGAAGACUUACAGCAUCCGUCGAGGGGUACAGUACAAGGUCGUGGAGUCUGACUAUCGUCGGUAUGUGGGCAAGUGUUCUAAGUUCGGGAAUGGGUGCACAUGGUUGAUUCGUCUGAGUCUCCGACAGCGCAAGGGCCUUUGGGAGGUCAAAAGGUACAACGGACCGCAUACGUGUCUCGCCACCUCCAUCUCCAGCGACCACAGGAGUUUGGAUUACCAUGUGAUAUCGGCAUUCAUUAUGCCAAUUGUUAGGACUGAUGCAUCCGUCAGCAUCAAGGUGCUUCUAAAUACCACCGCCGCACACUUUGGGUUUAGGCCGACGUACAGGAGGGUCUGGUUGGCCAAGCAAAAGGCUGUUGCCCUCAUCUAUGGUGACUGGGAUGAGUCGUACAACGAGCUACCAAGGUGGGUGUUAGGAGUCCAGUUGACGAUGCUUGGUACUGUUGCAGUCCUUAGAACGAGUCCUACGUUUCCACCGUGUAUCGAGGCAUUUCGUCAUUCCAAGCCCCUAGUUAGUAUUGACGGCACCCAUCUCUAUGGCAAGUAUGGGGGAACGUUGCUUGUCGCGAUUGCACAGGACGGGAACUCCAACAUACUCCCUGUGGCAUUCGCAUUAGUCGAGGGUGAGAAUGCUGAGUCGUGGUCCUUCUUUCUCUCCCACCUGCGUGAGCAUGUGACACCGCAGUCGAGUCUGCUGGUUAUAUCGAACAGGCAUAACGGCAUCAAGGCCGCAUUUGAGGCUCCUGACAGAGAAUGGUUACCUCCGUCUGCAUACCGGACAUUCUGCAUUCGACAUGUAGCGGCAAAUUUCAGCCUAACCUUCAAGGGCAAAGAUGCAAGGAGGCUACUUGUGAAUGUGGCGUACGCUAAAACUGAGGUCGAGUUCCAUUACUGGUUUGAUAUUCUGAGAAACCUUUCUGUGUGCUCGCUAGUGAAGGCAACAUACGGAAGGUUGGCCGAAUUAUUUGUUCGCAAAGGGAGAGAGGCUGAGGCGCAACAGGGAACUGGACAACAAUUUAGUCAGCACUUGGUGAAGUGUAUAGAGGCCAACUUGAAUACGGCUAGGUGCUUCACGGUGACUUUGUACGACAGGGAUAACUCCGAGUUCACCGUCGCAAAGACAACUCCGACUGUUUCUUUCUCACUGGGUAGCUACAGAGUCUCGCUUGCAUCUCAGACAUGUGACUGCGGAUACUUCCAGGCACUCAUUUCCCGUGUCUCACGCACUGGCAUGCUGUGCCUACUCACGGCUUACAUGGGAGCCUUACGUCCACCAGGUGUAUCGUCUUAG